UUGAAGAAAGAAGUAGCAUAAGAAAUUCUCCAGGCUUUACAAAGAGAAAGCUUCAUUGAAUUCCUACAUGCCAAUUUUGUUUCUUUCAUUAUUCAUUUUUCUAUCCCUUUUACCCAUGAAAUGACAUUCAACCUUCUCAUAAUAUUAUUCUUUUCAUACCUAUAUUCAUUCCAUACAUCAGCCGGCCCGCUGCUCUUGACAUGCGGGCUCAAUAGUGGGGGCACGGAUGCUGACGGGCGGAAAUGGGAGCCCGACACCAAGUACCUAGUCGCAGGCAUGGACAAAUCCGCGGCCACUAAAUCUGAUGUUCAAGACCCUUCUCUCCCAUCCGUCGUGCCCUACAUGUCGGCCCGGAUUUUUCAUUCAGGGUCCACAUACCAAUUUUCCCUCCAAAAUCCGAGAUCCCGCACACUCCUUCGCCUCCAUUUCUACCCUUCGUCGUAUCCAAAUGUCGACGUUUCAAAAUCCUACUUCGGCGUGGUGGCUGGAUCGGUGUUGUUGCUCAACAAUUUCAGCGCGCAUAUAACGGCGCAAGCUCUGUCUCAAUCAUAUUUGGUGAAGGAAUACUACCUGACGCCGUCUAAAUCUCCGUUUCUCAAUGUCACUUUCCAACCCGCCGAAAACUCCUUUGCUUUCAUCAACGGCCUCGAGGUUAUUCCGGCGCCGGAGAUCUUCAAUGCGGAGCCGCUUCUGGUCGGCUCCUACGUCGAUGCCCAAACAUUCUCGACGAUCCCUGUCGUUAAUUCAAACAUGGAGACGAUGUACAGGCUUAACGUCGGGGGGCAGUUCAUCCCGCCGUUGAGUGAUUCCGGUGGCCUGAUGCGAAUGUGGUACGACGAUAGCGUCUACAUCUAUGGCGCAGGGCAGGGCGUGGCCGUGACGGCCAACGCCAGCAUCGGUUACAAGAAGUUGCCGCCUUACACGGCGCCGUUAGAUGUGUACCGGAGUUAUAGAUCUAUGGGAGCCUACGUGGACGUGAACAAGGUGUCAAAUCUGACGUGGAAUUUCGAGAUCGAUCCUGGUUUUUUGUACCUUGUUAGGCUACAUUGGUGCGAUUCGGAGAUGGUAAAAGUUAAUCAAAGAGUUUUCGAUUUGUUCAUAAACAAUAUGACUGCGGCUCGUGAGGUGGACCUAUUUGGCUUGACUGAUGCCGUCGCUACUCCGAUUACGAAGGAUUAUGUCGUCGUAACGGAAAACGUGACUGACGGCGGUUACCGGUUAUGGAUUUCAUUGGCUCCGACUAAUGGGACAAUGCCUCAGUUCAUGGAUGUUCUUUUAAAUGGAUUGGAGAUUUUCAAGAUGAGUGACAACUUUGAAACCAAUCUUGCCGCUCCUAAUCCGUCGAUUUCCGAUUUAAUGAGGAAAGGGCAUAAGAUGGAGCAUAAGGAUUUUGAAGAGAAUGAUUCCACAAUCACCAUAGCUUGUGGCGCGGGUGGGGCAGCCGCAGUUGGUGUCGCAGUGGCCGUGAUGUGCAUCCUCUGCCGAAGGAAGAAGAGGGCAGGGAGCAAGGGGGAUUCGAGGACUAGUUGGUUGCCAAUUUCUCGGAAUUUGAAUAAUACUAAUAACACCAAAUCCUCUAGUGUGGUGGUGAUAUCAACUGACGCCGCGAGCAACUGUCGCUACUUUAGCCUAGUUGAGAUCAUAAAUGCUACCAAUAACUUGGAUGAGUCCAACAUUAUUGGAGUUGGUGGUUUUGGGAAGGUAUACAGAGGUGUGAUUGAUGGCAAAACAAAUGUCGCAAUCAAGAGGUCGAACCCAUCUUCAGGGCAAGGAGUGAACGAGUUCCAAACAGAAAUCGAGAUGUUGUCGAGGCUAAGACACAGACAUCUAGUCUCAUUGAUCGGAUUCUGCGAGGACAACGGUGAAAUGAUCCUAGUUUAUGAUUACAUAGGGCGCGGGACGUUGAGAGAGCAUCUCUACAACGGCAACAAAACCACCCUAUCGUGGAACGAGAGGCUCAAAAUAUGCAUCGGGUCGGCCCGUGGGCUUCACUACCUCCACACGGGGUCAAAGUACACCAUCAUCCACCGAGACGUCAAGAGCACCAACAUCCUCCUCGACGAGAAAUGGGAGGCGAAGGUGUCCGAUUUUGGCCUCUCGAAGACCGGUCCGACGAUGAGCAAAGGCGACGUCAGCACGGCCGUGAAAGGCAGCUUCGGGUAUUUGGACCCUGAGUACUUCAGUAGGCAACGACUGAGUGAGAAGUCCGACGUGUACUCGUUUGGAGUGGUGUUAUUCGAGGUGCUGUGCGCGAGGCCUGCUCUGUGCCCGAACCUGCCGCAGGAGCAGAUAGGGUUGGCCAGUUGGGCCCCGCGGAAUGUGAAGCUUGGGAAGUUGGAAGAGAUAAUAGAUCCGGAGUUGAAAGGGGGGAUCUCUUUAGAUUCCGUAGCGAAAUUCACUGACGUGGCGACGAGAUGUUUGGCCGAUCACGCCGGCGAUCGGCCCACCAUGGGAGAUGUCUUGAGGAAUCUAGAAAUGGCGCUCCAAUUGCAACAGAAAUACAUGGCCGACGGAGAUGAUGGGUCCACCACUAGUCAACAAAUAUUACCACGUGAUAUUGACGAAAGUAGACCUAAUUAUCAUGAAAAUAAUGAUCUCACUUUUUCGCUCUAUGUUAAUGAGCAAGGUCGUUGAGUUUUAUGUCUGCAAUUCACAUUUUGUCUAUAUACUCCAUUACCCAAUUCGGAUAUAAA